AUGCCCCCUGAUGACCCAGCGUGGCCCCCUGGUAAAAAUGCCGUCAAACGUUACAUGGGACUUCGAGUGUGGAUGAUGGUACAAUGGUCGGAUUGGAUGUCUGCGUCAGCACGCUUCCGCUGUUAUACCAUUCAUCCAGAUCAAUGUACGUCACAGGUGGUUGAUAAUGUCGACGAUUGGGAAUUGUCACCGACGGAUUGGCGGUAUACGGCUCGGCCUGCACAGGUUGUCACAUCGAGCUCAUUUGAGGUCUAUAAGUGGAAUAUUGCUAAUAUGCUUCGUCAAACAUUUGACAAGCUUAUUACAUACGCUGAUCGAUUUUCAUUCUCUGCCGGUUGGUUUCCCGACGCUAUUAGGGACUGGGUAAUGGUUUAUCGCUAA